CAGUGAGUGAGGCCCGGGCUGCCGGAUCUGUUAAUAGACAGGAUCAGUCUCCCCGAGUCGUGAUGAAAAUCUGCCCAUCGUAUGUUUUACUAUAAGGAUUCCUAGUUAAUGUAUAUUUAUGUAGAUUGGGGGGGGGGGGCAUAGAGACUCUCAUGUUUAUUGCCUCUCCCUGGGGCAACCUAUGGACCUGACUCAAAGGUGGAACUGAGACUGGAUUUGCUCUGUGCCCCCAGCUGUUCCCGAGGCCUCGGCCAACUGCAACUCCCAGUAACAUCCCAUUCGCUAUGAGUUGGACUGGAGAGAGAACAAAGCAAUACCCCCCGGGGCCCUAAUGAACUGACAGCGGAGGAGCCCCCCAAUAGGGAUGCAGGAGAAACUGGGAAUCGGCCUGAAUCCCCCCGUCCUGUUCUGCUUAUUACUGGUCUCUGUCUCACUGCCGGGAACUGACCCAGUGGGAGUGAAAGUGAGCGACUCGCCAGUGAAAGUACUGAGGGACCAGGAUGGGUUUAUCCCAUGUACAAUCACUGGAUACAGCAGCGCAGAACUGGACCUACAGCGCCUCUCUGUCCAUUGGACCCUGGGAUCCGGCCCAGUUUAUAUGUAUGACAGAGGCUCCCACAACCCCAUCAGGCCGGGAUCAGAACUAGACGUUCGGCUGAUUAAAGGCAACGCUGGGCUUUCCCUGGCGCAGGUACAAGUCACUGAUGAGGGAGAAUAUACCUGCACUGUUACCUACGAUAAUGAGCAGGCAGAGGGGAGAUCUGCUCUGGAGGUGGCAGUUAAACCCAGUGCCAGCCUGGUGCCCCCCAACGUUAUUAUAGAGGAAGGAACAGAGAGGGGGGUUACAUGCCGAGCCAGUAAUUAUUACCCAGAAACAAUAAAGUUCCAGUGGAUAAAACAACUCAGUGACGGUGAACAUGUUGUGCUGCACCGAGGAGUCUCCACCAAUGAGCCGCUAGAGAAUGGGGACGGAACCUUCAGUGCAACCAGUCAGCUGCUGUUAAAGCCUUCUAUGGGGGAUGAUGGGGGAAAGUAUUCCUGUGUCAUAUCCCACAGAUCCCUGGGAGACUCUCUGGUUCUGGAUUUCACUCUCUCUGUAAAGGUUUCACAUCUAAAAAUUCUGGGCGCUGUACUUGGAACCCUCGCUGCUCUGAUACUCGCCUCUUGUAUCUGGGGCUACAUCAUAUUUUUGAAAAAAGAACCCCCCAGACUUUCAGAGAUUACCGGAGCGGAAUAUUUGGUCCAUAUGGACAAGGCGACUCUCUCCUGCCAGAUCUCUGGUUACCGACCAAAGACCAUAGACAUUCGUGUGUAUUUGAGAAGGAAAGAGGGGGAAGAGAUGGAAAUUUACCCCAGGAAAUCUGAGCCACAAACUGGUUCCUCUGCCCCACGGAACCAUGGGAACAAUUCAGCCGAGAUGGAUCAGUUGCUGCACAAAGGGGACGUCGAUAACUUGCCCUCAACACUGAGGCCGCUGAAAAUCAAUGUAUUUCCUGAUAUAAAAUCAAGUAAAAGGGGUAUUUUCAACUGUCAGUGCACAAUCCGUAUAACCCCCGACAUAGAGGAAGAUGAUGGGGCAGAACUGACUGUGAGGGUCACUCACUCUGCCCUGAAGGGCCCCAUCUCUGUGUCCUGUCGGCUGAAGGUGAGGAAAGAGACAAUGUUACUGGUGAUGGAUGAGGAUUAUACAGUGAGAGUCGGCCCCCCGCCCCGGGACCCUACAGAUAACUUCCACGCGAGGGCAAUAACUCUGGGGAGACUUGAUGGCUUCAAUGUCAUUGUUGCCCUGAGUCCUACUGGGAAACUCUUUGCCAUACGGGACGGAAAUCUCUACACCGGCCCAGUGUCGUCUUGUGUCAACCAAAUGUUGUUCUCCCUCGACCGAAGAAUUGGGCGCAGUGGGUGGGACAUGUUUAAAUGUAUUUCCGUUGAUCCCCAUGGGCUUCUUUGGGCAGUUACGCACUCAGGAACAGUCUACAAGGGCCCACCCCCAAAAGAUGAAAGUAUCAGAUGGAUUGGUGUCCAGGGAACGUGUGUAGGGGAGGGUAACUACAAAGAUACCGACUCUGUCUUCUCCGACCCACAAGGGGCUUUAUAUGCAAUAACAAGCGAUGGUCGGAUUCAGAUGUGGGUCAGACCAGCAGAGACAGACAGUGAUUGGUUGGACUUGGGAACCGCACUCAGCCAAAGAGACGGCAGAGAUUCCCCCCAUGUGAUCUCUUUCUGCCCUGAGGGAAACCUCUGGUGGGUCAGUAAGGCUGAUGGCAAACUGUAUAAAGGGCCCCAGCCAACUCAGGGGAACCCGGGGUAUUGGGAGAAGGCCACGUUCUUGGGCCCCGACUAUCAUCGUUACAGGCUAUUUGGCUUCAUCGGAGCAACGUUCAUUCAGAAGAUCCAGGACUUUGAGUUCCUCCCUGAACUGGGGAAAACUGAAGUAGAAAAAAGUAUCAUAGUAAAUGCAAAGAUCUAUAAUAACAGCGACGGAAACGAGACGUUGAGCGACACGUUCAGCUUCAAGGAAACCAUAAAGGAAGUGAGCAGAUGUAUUCAUGAUCACAACAUUGUGUUUGUGGGGGAGGCAGAAACCACUUUCACCGGGGGGAUUCCUGUUAUUGGCAUGGAAAGGGCUUCCAGGAUUUCCCUCGAUAAUAACGUCACUCACCGGUGGGAUUUCACCAACACCAAUGAGCGAGAGAUUACUUUGUCGCUACAAGAACCUGUCGUGGUUGGAAGUGGGAAGACUGUACGUAUGGAUGCGUCGGUCCAGAAAGCCAAAAUAAGUGCUCCCUACAAGGUCCGGCUACUGACUACCCAAGGCCGCACUGUAACCAUUGGGGGCAGCUGGGAAGGGACCACCUUCUAUGGUCUGAGCGCGACACCAAGAGAAAUCCAAGGAGAGAAGGCCCAAGGAGACCUGAAGUUGUCACUAGAAGACGUUUACAAAGAGUAGAGCUUACUCGGAGGUACCAGGAGACUGCUGGGAAAGUGACCGCUUCAGUAAUGAGAAACUCAAGCCAGGUCUCCAGUAGAAAUGCGUAGAGGUCAAUAACGAGAGUUUCCCAAACAGAAGGACAUUUACAUGCAGGUACAUCAUCUAUCCCAUAGUGUCUCAGUGUCUCCGCCAUUUUGUACGUCUGUCAACUGUGAAACCGGGGACUAUUUUGGACUUGAGUUGGUUGAGGCGCCUGAGAGAGAGACGGAGGCCCUAGGGGGAGGCUUCAGCCACCGCUGUAAGAAUCUGCUUAUGAAGUAUCUACACCUGAGCCACAGCUGAUCCAAAUGCAAAAAUGUUCUUUUUUUUCCCAGCGGGCAUGUUGUGGGCUGGGGGUUGGACUUCACUUCCCAGCAGCCAUGUUGUGGGCUGGGGGUUAGACUUCACUUCCCAGCGGGCAUGUUGUGGUCUGGGGGUUGGACUUCACUUCCCAGCAGGCAUGUUGUGGGCUGGGGGUUGGACUUCACAUCCCAGUGGGCAUGUUGUGGGCUGGGGGUUGGACUUCACAUCCCAGCAGGCAUGUUGUGGGCUGGGGGUUGGACUUCACUUCCCAGCAGCCAUGUUGUGGGCUGGGGGUUGGACUUCACUUCCCAGCAGGCAUGUUGUGGGCUGGGGGUUGGACUUCACUUCCCAGCAGCCAUGUUGUGGGCUGGGGGUUGGACUUCACUUCCCAGUGGGCAUGUUGUGGGCUGGGGGUUGGUCUUCCUGGGCAGUAGAUCUGCAGAGGCUAAAAGUCUCUUCCAACUGAGGAGAAACCUUCAUUUUUGAGGACAAAAAUACAUUUUGUGGCUUUUUUGUAGAAGGACUUGGUUUUAUAUUAACUUAUUGGAGAUUUUGUCAUCGAAACUUUUUGUAUUUUUGUAUUUUUUCUGCCCAGUCACAUAUUUAAGUUCAACUUUGCCUUUAGAUGUACAUUUCUAUAAGUCAAAACUGUUCGUAAAUCACUGAAUGGAAACAAUAAAUCGUUUAUUACAGAG